CUUGAGCCUUCAUAAGUUCCGCAAAAUCUCGGAGCGCCAUCAAAGCAUCUGGCUUAUCCGCAAGUUUCCCAAAUAUUGAAGUGUUCUUGAAUUGCGAAAGGAAGGUGUCUUCAUUCUCUGAGGCUUGUAGUCGCGAUGUGUAGGAGAAUGUUCGCCGACAGCGGAGGAGUGCCAGUGAAGUCGGACGAACCGGUCGUCUUGCUGAAAGUAAUGCUUGACGUAUGUGGUUCAUGACAGAAGGGUUGGUGGUUAAAACAACCGUGCGCGUGAGUACUGAGUACUGAGUGUUGGCCUGUACCAAAGUGACAGCCACAAACGCGUUUUGACGAACGCGGCCACCAUCAUGGAUAACGACUACUUUUCCAUCGAUGCCAUCCUAGCUGAAAAUCAGAAAAUACAAUGUACCUUCAAAGUCGACAUCCCCGACAUGGGUCACCUCGCAGGUGGAUCUGACCGUGAUAUCAAAUCAUUGACGAAGGCUCCAAUACCGAUAUGGCUAGCCUAUAUCAUGUUGUUCUCUGACUGGGCUGACUUCACUAUCCCUUCACCCUUUGGCACACGAGUAAGAAACGCGCUCAAGGCUGAGCCUCGGAGCGUAAAGCUAUCCAACUUAGUUGGUGCAGGUGGACUAUGGUACGGUUUUGGGAAGAUGGUCAUGGAUAUUUUGAGCGAAGAGCAGGCAAAUGGUAUAUCAGAAGUGCUGACAAAGGUACAUUGUCUGCAUACGUUGUGCGAUGUUGUUAAUAGUUGGUUCAUUCAGGCCUUCAAAGGGCGUUUGCUGGAGGUGAUUGAUCAAGCGCAGCAUUUCGCGGCGCUUGGCCCUGCAGGAGGAGGUGGACCUUCUACUGAUACUGCACAGUCAUUCAGAGAAGGGCUUGAUGGUACAGAAAGGGAAUUGUUUGCGCUGGCUCAAGAAAGCGCAAAACGAAUGAAACGUUGGCAUGAAGGAAAUGACAAGGCACGUCGAUGAAGGGUUCUAUAAUCUGCUCUGCGUCAUGUAUACCAUAAAUCGUUGAUUAUUGUUCCUUUUUGUCUGUACUCGU